CUCCUUCAUCAAAACUGCAAGCAAACUUCCGAGACUCUCUCACUCCUGGACCGACUCAUCAGACUCGGACGUGUUCUUUGGUGCCUUUGUCUUAGCAGCUCCGACUGGGGAAACUCUGAGUUUGUUUACAGAGAAAGAGAGAGAACCCCAGGGCAGACAAUGGACAACUCUUGGAGUCGUACAAUUUGGGGAUUAUUCUUGGUGCAGCUGAGCCUGGCCCAGAUCGAACUGAAUAUUACCUGCAGAUAUGCAGGAGUUUAUCACGUUGAGAAGAAUGGCCGAUACAGUAUUUCUCGAACUGAGGCUGCUGAUCUUUGUAAGGCUUUUAACAGCACCCUCCCUACCCUGGCGCAGAUGCAACAAGCACUGGACAUCGGGUUCGAGACUUGCAGGUAUGGUUUCAUAGAUGGACAUGUUGUAAUUCCACGAAAGACGCCCAGAUUUCUCUGUGCAGCAAAUAACACUGGGGUAUAUAUCCUUCCCUCAAAUAUGUCGCAAUAUGACACCUAUUGCUUCAAUGCCUCAGCCCCUCUGGACAAAGAAGACUGCUCAAGUGUCACAGACAUACCAAGUAUAUUUGAAGGACAAAUCACCAUAGGCAUUGUAAACCCUGAUGGAACCCGCUAUACGAAGAAAGGAGAAUAUCGGACCAAUCCUGAAGAUAUCAACCCCAGCUUCAGUCCAGAUGAUGAUGGGAGCAGUGGAUCUGCAGGAGAGAGGAGCACCAUGGGUGGUUCCACCAUCAUUCAGACAACAUAUGAUGAUGUAACCCCUACUUCCUUCAAAGUCCCUAGCAUUGAUGACCAUGAAGACUUUCCUUCAGUCACCAAGACUCAUCCCACUGCUGAAACAUCACCUCAGCCACAAAAUAAUGCAAUGUUGUCAUGGUUUGCUGGUUCACCACUUCAGAGUAUGGACUCAACUGCCACCUCAGCAGACCUGGAACCAAAUGAGGAAAGUGAAGAAGAAAGAGAAAAAUCUCCCAGUUAUUCUGGAUCAGGCAUUGAUGAUGAUGAAGAUUUUAUCAGUACCACUUCAGCUUCAACACGUGCUACAAGUCAAGAAACGAUCCAAGGCUGGCAACACUGGGCACAUGGUCACCCAAAUCCUGAAGAACAACCUCAAACAACAGCAAAAGUGACUGCUAUGGUGGACAUGAACAGAAGUGAUGAUAGGGCUCAUGGUGAAAAUUCAACCCAAGAAUCACAGCCUCCUCUUAUCAUUGGUCGGAACCAUGAAGGUUAUGAUGGACAUCACUCUUCAAGUACAACCUUGGACAUACCUAGCAGUACGACCCAAGAAACAACAAUCCAUCAACAAGGAGGGGGAUGGUUUUGGUGGCAUCCUCAGCCAACAAAACAUGCUGAGAAGACAGCAGAGACAACGGCCCAGGACACAUAUUCCACGCAGGAAAUAACAACCCAGAGGCAAGAUGAUUCCUGGAUAGGCUACCUCGAUCCAAUUUCCCAUCCAAUGGAACACCACACUCCAACAGGAAGGAACAUGGAUGGAAAACAUACAGAAGCAUCUACCCAUGAUCCAAUGGGAGGUGGUACCUCUUUUUUCUCAAACUUUAAUGAGGAACCAUCCCCCAUUUCACCUUCUACUCCCAUGAGUACUGUGACUUCCGGAAUUACUGAAGUGAUCUUUCAAGAUUUUGAUUCCGGAAAUGAAAAAUUCCAAACAGAUACAGCACCUCACCACUCAACUGCAGAUCCAAACGAAGGGUGGAUAGAAGACAAAGGUACCACAGAUUAUCCUCCAAUGGCCACUGCAGAACAGAAUCAACCUCAGAGCACCUCCAGACCGAGUACAGGUUUGGAAGACAGCCACGAGCAUCCCACAGUUCCUUCUCCAACGUCUCUCACAGAUGGAGACGAUGUAAACCUUCCUGAAGACUCAACCACUCCUGUCGAAGAUUCCUUUGUUGAUUUCGCAGGCACAAAUGAGAACACAGUCCACUCCUCAGUGACCCCCAAGACUACUGGGUUGCCAGGAGUUACUAAACCUACUGUUUUGGGAGGUUUUAUUCCUGAUAAUGCACGGGUCCCUUCAGAUCAUGACGACUCACAUGCUGGUCAACCCCGUCGGCCUACCAUUACAGCAUAUCCAACGCCAUUCCCUGAUGGAAACCAAGGCCAAUCUGAACAAAAUCCCAACCUUAAAAGGAAGGCCAAAAUUCCAGAAUGGCUGAUUAUCCUCUCUGCUCUCUUGGCGCUGGCUCUGAUCUUGGCUGUCUGCAUUGCUGUCAACAGUCGGAGAAGAUGUGGGCAGAAGAAGAAGCUGGUGAUUAACAAUGGUAAUGGAGCAGUGGAUGACAAGAAGACCCCUGGGCUGAAUGGUGAUGCCAGCAAGUCUCAGGAGAUGGUGCAUCUGGUGCUCAAAGAGCCAUCUGAUGGUCAAGUGGGACAAGAUGACUACAUGACCUCUGAUGAAACCCGGAACCUGCAGAAUGUCGACAUGAAGAUUGGAGUAUAAGACCAGCCAGGCCUGCUUGUCAAAUGAGAGUUGGGGAAAUCACCAUUAUGUGGAACUGGGACUAACUCAGAUGCAAUGUGCUACUGAUAGUCAUGUUGGCUUUUUUUUUAAUCAGAUUUUUUUUCUUGUCCUUUGGGUUUUGUGUUGUCAUUAUUUUUUUUUUAAGUCAAGCCCAAGUUAUCAAAAUCAACAUUGUUGGAUAUGAAUUUGAUAAUACCAGUUCCUGCCUGGAGGGCUCCCACCAGCUGUGGUUUGUGAUGGGUGGCUGCUAGCUUGAACAAAAAUACAUUUCAUCUUCUCCUGUCCUUCUAGCCCUUUCCAUCCCCUCCUACCUUCUCCAGUCUCACCCACUCCCAUUCUACCUUCAGAAUCUUUGAAAAUAAUAAUUCCUAUGUCUAAAGAAGGUUCAAUGGCGAGGGGGAUGAAUGUUUAGAAGAAAACUUCAAAGCAAAACCAGGCAGAGUUUCAUUAGGCAGGGAUGGAAACACCUUCCCCAACAUUCUAGUUGAUUCAGGUUUUCAAGGAUGUGCUGGUUACUCAUCCACUAGAGACUUGACACUCUGGAAAGUUGCAAAGGCUCAUGGGCCAUGCCUGGAGGGUGAAGCUAUUUAUCUCUAGUAAACUAUUUAACUCUGUUUUGACAAGCCCAGCCCUGGAGGUCCAUUGAUCAGGGUGCCAUUGUCAGAGAAGAGAAAAGGUUUUAAAGGUCUGUAUUUCUGUCACCAGAACCAUGGAUGCCACUCUCCUUCAGUAGCUAAGCUCUCCCUGUGGGUAGACCAGAAGGCCGCCCAAAGCCAUUCCCUAGACUUUUUUCUUUUUUUUAGAAGUAGUACCCAUAAGCUCAGACACACUCAAGACAAAUCUCACAAGAGAUCAAAGAAGAUAUCAGUAUUGUCUCUCCAAGGUCUAAGAAGUCCCUCUCUCCUAGAACUGUAAUUUUAAGAGCCUUGGUCCUCACUAGUGUUCUAAUUCCCACCUGUUCUAUUGCCCUGAAGGUAACUUUAAAAUCACAUUAAAUAUGUAUGACAUACCACUUGCUGAGGUGAGAGGCAGGGGUUUUCCAGUUCAUCUGAUGUUCUUUUGAACCCUGGCCCAGCUAGUGAUGUCCAUGAAAAUCAACCCAUGCCCCUUCACCCUCAGAACACAGUGGAGAAAGCAAUGAAAGAUGAAAAAGGAAAGAGGAUGUAAAUAGUCAAUAUCCAACUUAGAGAUUGGAACGGGAUUUUUUUAUUGUUAUUUUUUGCUUUUUGGGGGGUGGAGAAGGGGAAGGGCUUCUAUGCAAGUGCUUUUUACCAGUGUAUUUAUUUUUAUUUUAACAGGCUAGUGGAAUCCAUUUUGCCCAGGGCAGGUCAUGGUUCUGGACAGAGCCAGAAUGGACCUUGAAAGUUAUCUUGAGGGGGCAGCUAGGUGGCGCAGGGAGUAGAGCACUGGCCCUGGAGGCAGGAGGACCUGAGUUCAAAU